AGUACUCUGGGUACCUGGGAAACUGGAAUAACCCCUUCUGUUCCUAUGGGCACGGCAAGUAUCCAAAGCUGAUGAAACUUGGAAGAGACAUCACGCUGUGGGGGCUGGAGCUGGGGCUGAUGUCCAUGGCCCGGGGCGAGGUGGCGCGGUUCUGGUUCAGCCCGCGGUACGCGUACGGCCCGCGGGGCUGCCCCCCACACAUCCCCCCGGACACCACCGUGCUCUUCCACGUCGAGCUGCUGGACUUCAUCGACUCGGAGGAGUGUGACCUGUUCUUCGAGCUGAGCGACGCACAGAAGGACACGUUUCCUCUAGAAAAGGUGUUGAAAGUGGCAGCCACGGAGAAAGAGUUUGGCAACUACUUCUUCCAUAAGCAGAACUUUGGGGUUGCCAAGCACAGAUACAAAAGGGCUCUCUCCAUCCUGGAUCGCAGCUGUUCCAGCGAGGCCGAGCGGAGCCAGAUCAACACUUCCAAGGUGCCUCUGCUCCUGAACCUCUCCCUCACUUACCUGAAACUGGAAUGUCCUGAGCGAGCUUUGAAAUACGGGAAGAAAGCCUUGGAGAUGGACCAGGGAAAUGUCAAAGCCCUGUUCAGGUGUGGCCAGGCUUGUCUCUGCAUGAGGGAAUACAACAAAUCCCGGGAUUUCCUGACUAGAGCCCAGCAAAUCCAGCCCUUCAACCGUGAUAUCAACAACGAGCUGAAGAAGUGGGCAAGGUGCUACGAGGAGUACGUGGAAACGGAGAAGGACAUGUGCUGCAGAAUGUUUGACAGCUCUUGUGGCUGAGCAGGAAUCAAGGACCUUUCCAACUGCCCAGCCCUUGGACAGGAGGGAGGCCCACCUGGGGGCACGUGGAGAUUCCAGCAUCACGUUUUGGGAGAAGGAGCAGGAGCACUGUCUGCUUUGAGAGAUGAAGGGAAAGUUCCCAUUUUUGUACUACACAAAC